AUGGCAGACCUAAGCAAGCCUCAGAACCCAUCCACGAUCUCGCAUUGGAUCGCCUCGAACACGGGGCCUUCCAGCUUGCACAACUAUGGCAAGGAUGAGAGCAUACCCGAGAGCGCCGACAUUGUGAUCGUCGGAGCUGGGAUCUCUGGCGCUAUGCUCGCGUAUCACCUCACUCACCCAGAGGACGACAAGCACGCACUCCCUGAGGGCACACAUAUCGUGAUACUGGAAGCGAACGAGGUGUCCAGUUCAGCCACUGGCCGGAACGGUGGUCAUUUCGCUCCCUCCACCUUCGUCCACAUGCCCAGACUUGUUCGGCCCGUCGGCAAGGGCGGCGCCGGUCUAUCUCGGUCACAAGCCGUCAAUAUCCUUCAGCACGAAUGGGACAACUACCAGCGCAACAUCGCGGUCAUCAAGAAGCACGGGCUGGAGCACAAGGUCGAUCUCCACACCGGCAAGGCGAUGGCGGUAUAUACAACGGAGAAGGCUCUCGCGAGCACCAUGAAGAUCAGAGAAGAUUGGCUGGCGGCGCUGAAGGAGAUGGGCGUGGAAGACUGGUCGGAUGGCAAGUUCUAUACGGACAAGGAGGAGGCUAUCAAGCUCUCGAGGGUUCAAGGCGCGAUAGGAUGCUCGACUCGGAGCGCCGGUACUGUCCACCCGCACAAACUCACCACUGAGCUUCUCAAGCUAUCGCUAGGAUCGACCAAGUACAAAGUCACGCUCAGGACCAGCGCGCCAGUCACCAAGCUCUCUCAGUCCGGCUCCACGCAUACCGUCGAGACUAGCCGAGGGUCCAUCACCGCCCCCAAGGUCGUCCUCUGCACCAACGCCCACACACCCCACCUCUUCCCCGCCGGCCACCCCUUCUCCAAGAUCAUGUACCCCGUCCGGAUCCAGAUGGGCCUCUUCACCCCUCCCCCAGCCUUCUCCGGGAUCAAGUCGCUCUCGGCGAGCUACGGCUUCCCAGAUGGUUACUGCGCGACCUCGGCGGGCGGUAUUGUUGUUGGCGUCGGGGCGGCCGACUAUCUCGAGGCCAAAGUCGGCAAGCCUCAGGAUUACAUCUGCCAGACGGAUAUCAGCCAAGUGACCCCGGAAGCUACAAAGUUCAUGACGGGAUACAUGGAGAAGACGUUUGUGGACUGGAAGGAGAAGGCGCACGGAGAGGGUCUGACUCGAUCGUGGACAGGGGUCAUGUCGUACACGACAGAUCUCCUCCCUCUUAUCGGUCCCCUACCUGGGGUCGACGGGCUGUACGUUUCUGUCGGAUACAACGGUCACGGUAUGAGCACAACACAUACCACCAACCGCGCACUCGCCCGACUCAUCGCAUCCGAGGAGUGGGAUCAGGAUUUCCCUACCGCCUACGUGGUCAGCGAGGAACGCCUCAACCGACAACAUGCCCAAAAGUUCGACGACUACGUUAAGAUCGUAGCGGGCAAUAAGCUGGCCGGACCGCCAUCUGAGCCACAGCUGGAUUCGUAA